AUGCCAAGACAUGGUAAUUCACGACGAAAUGAAACUCAACCAAGUGAUGAAGAAGAUUACGACAAUGAGCUUAUGUGGAUUUAUCUUGCGCUUGAGAAUGCAGCGGCCGAACAACAUGUCCCACGCAACAUUCCUUGUAGAACCUCAACGCUACAAGGUAGACAUUACAUAGAGGAAGUUCUUGCCAAUGACACAAGGUGUUUCGAGAAUUUCAGGAUGCACCCUCACGUAUUUCAUAACUUGUGCGAUACGUUAAGGGCAAACUGUGGAAUCAGAAAUACCAGGAAAGGUACAACCGUCGAGGAAAUGGUCGGCAUGUUCUUAAUGGUUGUUGGACAUAGUACGCGAUUGUCUGUGGUUGCCGAACGCUUUCAGCAUUCUAAGGAGACGGUGUCACGGCUCAUCAAGGUAAUAGUUAGAGGAAUUCAUUCAUUGUCACCAACAUACAUAAGACGGAGGAACGUUGACGUGCAGCCUGAAAUUCAGAGAUGCCGAAAAUGGUACCCAUUCUUUAAGAAUUGCAUUGGAGCAAUCGAUGGAACACACGUGUCGGCUACUGUUCCUUCAUCGGUGAGAGGCGCGUAUCGCGAUCGAAAUAACGAGAUUACGCAAAAUGUUCUCGCCGCUUGUUCGCAUGACAUGAUGUUCACACAUGUCGUGACUGGAUGGGAGGGUUCGGCUCAUGACUCGAGAAUUUUGUCCGAUUCUGCUACAUUGCAAACAUUCCCCGCUCCAUAUGGUGAACAAUAUUAUGUUGUUGAUGCUGGAUACCCCAAUAUUCCCGGUUAUAUGGCUCCUUACAAAGGGCAGAGGUACCAUCGCAGUGACUUUAAUGACGACACACCACCAACGACGGAGAAAGAGUUAUUCAAUCAGCGGCACGCAUCCGUUCGUAAUGUUAUCGAGCGGUGUUUUGGGGUGCUGAAGAGCAGAUUUGCCAUACUGCGGUCAAUGCCAAAUUACGGCCUGAUCAAGGUCCUUCUCAAUCCCAAUGAAGAAAAACUUGAGGUGGGCUCCGACCCCACAUUGGCCCAAAAUGUAAGAUGUGAUGGUGGACAUAAAGAGGGCUGGGGAGUGGCCGGAGGAGUAGAAGAGUUUGACGACUUGAAGUGGCAGGAGAGGGAAUUAAAGGAGCGGUAG